AUGUUAUCUAGGACAGUAGCCACCAUAGCAACAGCAGCCAACACAGCUGCAGCAGCCACCACCGCAGCAUCAGCAGCAGUAGCAACUGCAGCAGCAGCCACCACAGCAGCAGCAGCCAACACCACUGCCCUCCCCCUUUUCCUCAUCUUCCAUCCUCCUUCUCCUCAUCCCUCUCCUCCCUAUCACCCGGUGGUUGUGGCUGCUGUGGUGGCUGCUGCUACUGCUGUGGUGGUGGCUGCUGCUGUUGCUGUUGCUGUGGUUGCUGCUGCUGCUGCUACUGGCUGUAACAACGAAUGA